AAGGAAUUCUGGUUAUUCCUUAUUGGCCUUCAGCUCCCUUUUGGCCCUUCUUGGUUGAACGUAGCGGGGAUUUUCAAACCAUUUAUUAUUGAUUUUCUCUUUCCCCUUUUUGGCUUAGAGAAUUUUAGUACCCCAAUGUUUUUUCUGCUGCUUGAGGGAGCUGUUCAGUACAGUGUCCAGCAGAACCUGUUUAUGAGACAUAAUGUCGCCCGACCACUCGACUAUGUUUUAUGAGGGACUGCCCGUUCAUCAUGUGUUGGCCAUGGGUGAUUACACUUUUUUUUGGCCGUUAGGCCAUGUCAUUCUUUGUGCGGGACAGCCCGUUUACAGCCCUCCUUAUGUUCUUGCUUGCGUUGUAUUUACAUUGUUUCUAUUUGUUAUCACAUUUCUUGUUAUUUCUCAUGUUUACAAGGUGGACGUGCGUUUGCAUCAAAGGUUGCCCACUUAAGGGAUCCAGAGUUUCGCAGGUUAGCGAAAGGUCUUCCCUUGCGUGCUGCUAAAGCAAAGGCCCCUUCAACUACGGAGCGUUAUUGAAGACCCUUUUAAAAAAUUUAGAGAAUGGUCCUCAUGCUUUGAAGAAGUCGUUUGCUUACCGUCUGAUGAGAUGUCAGUUGCCCUUUAUUUGGAGUUUUUGUUACAGCAGAGUAUCCCCUACUCCACACUUGAACCAGCCUGCUAUGGUAUAAACUGGGCACACGAUUUGCAUGGCUUUCCAAGUCCUUCUGAUUCUAAAUUGGUAACAAUUAUGCUCGAGGCUGCAAAGGGGGAACUUGUAAAACCUGUUCAAGAAAGAACCUGUUACUCCGGAGAUGAUUUUAAGGAUAUAUGACAGGUUUGCGGGUCCCAACGUUAAUCUAUCUCAUCUUCACUCAGCUGCAAUUUGCGUGACUGUCUAUUCGGCUUUCCUCCGUCACAACGAGUUAGCUGGCCUUCGUUGUUCUGACGCUAGUUUUUUUCGAUGCAUUUGUGAAGAUUUAUUUAUUCAAGAGCAAAACAGAUGUUUAUAG